UUUAACAUCCAUAUCCACAUUCUACUUUCCUUCCAAGAAAACCCACUUGAACUUGACAAAAACUCACUUUCCAACUUUUCAGAACCCUCAUACAAGUUCCUAAGACCUUGUUUGUAAGAAUGGCUUCUGGUGAACAGAAAUUCCCCCCACAAAAACAAGAUGCACAGCCUGGGAAGGAACAUGUUAUGGAUCCAGUACCCCAGUUCACUAACCCUGACUACAAACCAUCAAAUAAACUUCAAGGGAAGAUAGCAGUGAUCACAGGGGGUGACUCUGGGAUUGGAAGAGCUGUGUGCAACUUGUUUGCCUUAGAAGGUGCUACUGUGGCCUUCACAUAUGUGAAGGGGAGUGAGGACAAGGACGCGAGGGACACACUUGAAAUGAUCAAGAAGGCCAAAACUGCGGGUGCUAAAGAUCCACUGGCCAUUCCAGCUGACUUGGGUUUUGAUGAGAACUGCAAGAAAGUGGUGGAUGAAGUUGUGAAAGCCUAUGGCCAAAUUGACAUUCUGAUCAACAAUGCAGCAGAGCAAUAUGAGUGUGCAUCAGUGGAAGAGAUUGAUGAGAAAAGGCUUGAGAGGGUGUUCAGAACAAAUAUCUUCUCCUAUUUCUUCAUGACAAGGCAUGCCUUGAAGCACAUGAAGGAAGGAAGCAGCAUUAUCAACACCACAUCAGUGAAUGCAUACAAGGGAAAUGCAAAACUACUGGACUACACAUCCACCAAGGGUGCAAUUGUGGCAUUUACAAGAGGUCUCUCCCUUCAGCUGGUGAGUAAGGGAAUAAGGGUUAAUGGUGUGGCGCCUGGACCUAUCUGGACUCCAUUAAUACCAGCAUCUUUCAAGGAGGAAGAAACUUCUCAAUUUGGUGGGCAGGUGCCGAUGAAGAGAGCUGGCCAGCCUAUUGAGGUUGCUCCAUCCUAUGUGUUUCUUGCCUGCAACGCAUGCUCUUCUUACAUAUCUGGACAAGUCCUACACCCUAAUGGUGGAAACGUCGUGAAUGCUUGAACAGCAGGGUAGUGUGUUGUGUAUGGAUGUUUGAAGAACUCAGCCACUCUGCAUUGUAGAGAUGGGACUUGGGAGGAAUAUGCUUUUGAAUAUAGAAACCUAUGAAAAUAAUGUGUAUUUUAUGGCGAAAUGUAUGUUAAAAGUAUAAAACUGUGUAUUAA